AUGGACGCGCGCGCGACGUCGAGGGCGUCGGCGUGGACGCGCGCGCGCGAGACGCGCGCGAGGGGCGAGCGACGCGCGGCGAGCGGCGACGGCGCGCGCGCGCGGGCGAACGCGCGGCGGCGAGCGACGCGCGCGACGCGCGCGCGAGGGGCGGAGCACGCGCUGGACGCGCUGUACCUGGGCGGACGCGCCGAGCGGGACGCGCGCGAGCUCGUGCUGCGGAUCGGGGAGAGCGAGGUGAGGCUGGAGACUGGGAAGAUUGGGUUGCAGGCGAACGGCGCGGUGUUCGCGAGCGAGGGGGAGACGGUGCUGUACAACACGGCGUGCGCGUCGAGGGAGUGCACGGGAGAUGGGUCGUUCGUGCCGCUGACGGUGAAUUACGCGGAGCGGUUCUCGGCGGCGGGGAGGACGUCGGGAGGGUAUAAGAAGCGAGACGGGGGGUUAAGAGAAAACGAGACGCUCAAGGCGCGAUUGGUCGAUCGGCCGAUACGACCGAUGAUGUACAAGGGAUGGGGAUACGAAACGCAGGUUUUGCAGUGGUUGAUGAGUUUUGACGCCGAGCGAUCGACGGAUGCGCUGGCGAUCACGGCGGCGUCGGCGGCGUUGGCGGUGAGCGACAUUCCGCUGAAGAAGCCCGUCGUGGGCGUUCGAGUGGGUCUGAUGCCUGGCUCGGAUGAACCGGUGGUGAAUCCGACGUCGGAACAAAUGAAACAAUCGAGAUUGGACUUGGUGCUCGCCGGCACGGACGAGGCGGUGCUCAUGAUUGAGGGCUUUUGCGACUUUUUGACCACGGAUGAAAUGUUGCGAGCGAUUGAAAAGGGCCAAGAGGCGGUGGCCAAGGCGUGCAAGGAAAUUGACGCUUGGGCCGCAACUGUCGCGCCGCAGAAGAUGAUGCAAAAACUCAUCGUGCAGCCCGAGGGCGUGGACGAGGCUGUCGCUGCGCUCGUGGAGGAUGAAUUGAAGCAAGCCAUCGUCGUUCCGAUCAAGCAAGAGCGAGGGGCGAUGAUUGGCGCCGCCCGCGAACGCGCAGUGGAAGCUCUUCAAGAUGAAUUCCAGGCUUCCGCCGUAAUCAACGCGUGCGGCAAAAUUGAGUCACGCGCCCUUCGCGACGUGAUCCGAACCAAAGGUCGUCGUCAAGAUGGUCGCACGACGUCGAUGAUUCGUCCGAUUGCGUGCGAGGCGGGUAUACUUCCUCGAACGCAUGGCAGCUCGUUAUUUACUCGCGGCGAAACGCAAGCCAUCGGCGUCGCGACUCUCGGCGGUAGUCAGGAUGCUCAGCGUCAAGACGACGUCGAAGCGGGCGAAGACAAACGCUUCAUGUUGCACUACUUCUUCCCUCCGUCAUCUGUUGGCGAAACUGGUCGCACGGGUGGCGCAUCCCGACGUGAGAUUGGUCACGGAAACUUGGCUGAACGCGCGCUCAUGCCCAUCCUUCCAUCGGAGGAGGACUUCCCUUUCGUGUGCAAACUGGAAAGCACAAUCACGGAAAGUAACGGUUCCUCGUCAAUGGCCACUGUCUGCGCGGGCACGCUCGCUUUGCUCGAUGCCGGUGUUCCUAUUAAAAGGAAAGUCGCGGGUAUCGCCAUGGGCUUAAUUUUGGGUUCUGAAGCCGCGGGCGGUGGCGAUGAGCUCGAGCCCAUCGUUCUCACCGAUAUCUUGGGCUCUGAAGACGCGCUCGGCGACAUGGAUUUUAAAGUUGCAGGCGACAAGGACGGUAUCACCGCGUUCCAGAUGGAUAUCAAGGUCGAAGGUAUCACGAUCGAUGUCAUGAAAACCGCGCUCGAAGAGGCGCAAAAGGGACUCGUGCACAUCCUCGGCGAGAUGGAAAAAUGUGACCCUGCGCCCGCGGGCGCCACGAGCAAGUAUGCCCCGCGCAUCGCUUCCAUCGCGGUGCCGGAGAAGUACUUUGGCAAAGUCAUCGGUAAGGGUGGGGAGACCAUUCGUUCCAUCAUGGAGAAGACUGGUGCUGAGAACAUCGAUGUUAACAAAGAAAAGGAGAUGGUGUUUGUCACUGGUGGCGCUGACGCGGACCUCGAUGCGGCGAUUCGGAUGAUCGAGGGCAUGAUUGUUGAACCAGAGGUGGGUAAAAUUUAUCGCGGCUGCGUCGUGAAGAAGGUUGUUGAAUUCGGCUGCUUUGUUGAAUAUUUGCCGGGUCUCGAAGGACUUGUCCAUAUCAGUGAGCUCGACGUUUCACGCGUGCCAAACGUCUCCGACGUGACGUCCGAAGGAGCGGUGAUGGAUGUCAAGAUUAUCGCGGUCGAUAAUCGUGGUAAAACCAGUCUGAGUCGCAAAGAAGUUUUAUUGGAGGAAAACCCAGAACUCGCCGCGGCCGGUUCUAUGUCCGACGACAGCGCGAAUGAAAGGAACGGUGGUGGCGGCGGACGAGGUGGUGGCGGACGCGGGGGUCGCGGUGGUCGUGCAGGACCGAAACGUGAUUCGGGCGGCCCCAAGCGCGACUCGGGCGGGUUCUAA